AAAGUUUGUCUCCAACCCUAACCUGAUUCUGCAAGAAAAUGGCCACAACACGGCCAUUCGUCGAGCCUUGCCCAAUUUUGGCCAGAUGGAUGGAUGCAACAGCCACCACGCCAUGACCAUCGGCUCUGGUGGUGGACACAGCACCCCCCUCUACUACUAGACGGUGCUGAUUAGCUGGAGGAAGACGAGCGACGAUGGAGAUGUGUUGAUUCGGACUCAUUUGCCUCUCGAGAACAAUACCUGUAUCAUGCCAGAACCGGAUCGAAAUAAUUCCAAUGUACUUUUUAACGAGUAUGUUAACAAACUUUCCUACCAAGAGCUCCAAGACAUAUGUCGGAAACUGGAUGUGGAUAAUACGGGCACCAAGGAGCAGCUCAUUGUCAAGAUUGGCAACACCGUAAAGAGACCCCCAUCCGAAGUCAAAUGUGCCAUUACCAUGGAGCUACCGUUUGAUCCCGUGAAAGCCAAAGAUGGACGCAUCUACGAACGAUCCGCCGUUGAAAAUCACCUGCAAAAGAGCAAAACAUCUCCGGUCACCAACGAGCCAAUGGCUCGGCAACUGGUAGAUGCCCCACAACACAGGUUUCUCGUAGAGUUGCUGAUCAAAAUGGGUAUUAUUAGUGGAGAAUUGCUGGACAGUUGGAAAAUUAAAGAAAAGGAAAAGGAAGAAAUGGACGCAUUGCUCAAACUGGCCAGUGGCGGUGACAAACAUGCCAUGAGCACAGCAGGGACCAACUAUCGAUUUGGCAGAGAAGGUUUUCGAAAGGACUUGAAAUUGGCUUAUGUGUGGUUUCACAAGGCCCAUGUGGCGGGCAGCGUUCGAGCCACAGCCAAUCUAGGAGACUUGCUCUGCAAAGGCAAAGGCGGUGUAAAAGCGAAUCACCAGCUGGGAAUGAUGUACAUUGCCAUGGCGGCCGGUCAGGGCUCCAAAUAUGCCGCAUAUAAACUCGCUGAUGCCUUUUCCUAUGGCAAAUAUGGCACCCCGGUAGACAAGGAGGCGGCAUUACGAUGGGCUCACAAGGCUUUGAAUGAUGACGAGAACGGCACAAUGCUCCGUGACACGACAAGAACUGAUGCCCAAAAACUUCUCGACGAGCUCAUGUCCGACAACGCAACAGUUUCAUAAGACCUGGCUGGGUGCUUGUUUUAUUAUGCGCCGCCAAUCUGUCGAGGAGGACUGUUCCGAGUCCUCCUAUAGUACUUGUAGAUUAGUAUUAAGUCACUGCAUAGCCUCUAUGAUGGUGUUAGUUUUGCUUUGGACGUUUGGUUGUGGUACAUGUACCGGUACCUCCA